UGGAGCGCUUGGACGAUGGCGGUACCGGGGCUGCUGCUGCACUUGGGUCUGUACAUCAGCAGCUUCGUCUGUGGGAUUGUUGCCGCCGCGUCUGUCACCAUCGUCCAGGGUCACUUUGGAAGUCUGUGUAUGCUGUAUGGACACGUCAGCUACAAUGCAACAGGAGGCCUUAUUGGUGUCCAGUCGUCCAGCUCCCCGUCUAUGUGUUAUUUUGUGUCGGCCAUAUCAAUCAUUGUGGCAGUGGUGUGUUUCUCACAGACUGUGUCCUGGGUGUAUGCUAUGUGCUCUGACGGGGAUGUCAAAAGGGAGCGUGUGUGGAUGAACCUGAUCACGGUUGUGUGCGGCAUCUUCCUGUUCUUCCUGCUCGUCACGGGGUGCAUUUUGAGGGUCGGACGCAACUCACUCUGCAGCUCGCUCAAACAAACUGUUCCCAACAUUACCAGCUGUGAGGAUGCCCAGACUAGAAAAUGGGUCGGUACGCUUAAUGGAGAAUCAUUUUACAGCAGUCUACACAGAGCAGAGACGGCAGUGUGGGUCAACUUCUUCUUCUGGCUCAUCAUCGGGGUUCUGGUGAUCGUUCAGAACUGUCGGAGUUCAGGGUCAAACAUGAUCACAGGAGGUGACAGAGGGCACGAUGGGCCUUUCGGUGGUUCAGGGGCAACUCCUGAAGAGACGGAGCCAUUUUUCAACCGUCCUUCAGGGCCACAGUGAGGAUGCAUAUUACAGAAGCGCAUAUGUUAGCACAAAAUGAUAAGGUGGGCGUACAUGUAGAAAAAGGAUAAACGCAUUUAGAGUGCACUGCCUUCAAUCUCAAGCAUUUUUGUCAAUACCAACAUGUUCGAGAUACCAUAUGGAACUUAAAAAAGCAAUUUGUGAUUAAUUGGCAGAAGCGUUAUUGCUCGACAAGGAUGGGAUUCAAGACCACGUGUCCCUCGUCAGGUGCACAUAUGUUGUUAAAACAAUCAACCGUGUCUGUCUGAAGCAGACUCACCACACACAACGAGAUUAAAUUGUUGAUAUUUGUGUUUGCCCAGUUCCCAUAUUUAACACAUCUCAAAUGUGUAACUACUGGCUCACACAGAGAUGUGAAUGUGUGCUUCUUUGUUUACACAGCUGAGAAAUGGGAGACUGUUCAUUGCAGGAAUUUAAAUUUCACUAGUAUGAUCAGACUUUGUACUUUUGAUGCAGCUAGAAGAUGUGUGUUAUGUUAAACAUAUUAAUUUUGCAAAUUAACCACACUGGGUCUCGGUAUCUCAAGGUCACGUUUUUUAAUCCAUCUGAAGUCUUUACUGAGUACAUGGUCCUCCAUGCCACCAGUUUUAUUGUUUGUUGUCUUCAUUCUUUGCUAGGCCUAUUUCUCUUCUUUUCAUUUUGUCUUCAAAUUGUUGUUUUUGGAUUGUUCAUUGUCAGAGUGUGAACUAAACCACUGUUUGAAAGAGCACUCAUUAGACACAAUAGGAAUAACAUUAUGCCAUAUUAUGUUUCAGUGUUGCUGUUUGAUGUGAUGCUGCUUGACACAUGAUGUGCUACUUUUUUUAAACAAUAAACCAGAGCGUUUAAUCACAAUGACCUUUUUUAAAAUCUGUCGUCCUGUUUAAAGCUUCUAUUUAACAGGCGGUUACUUAAGAGAAUGACCACAUGACAGUGGAUAUGUUGAGCUGUGUCGCCCUCUGCUGGUUGACAAUAGGUAAAGACUCAGCUCCAACAGACCCACAACACAAAUGCGAACCUGAGGAGAACAACAACAAUUU